AACCUGAAGUUUCACCUCUCGGCGUCCAACCUAGUUCGCAGCGACAGGGCUAAACGCACCAAGAAGGUCGGAAUUGUCGGGAAAUACAGGACCCGUUAUGGCGCCGCCCUCAGGAAAAUGGUGAAGAAAACUGAAAUCAGCCAGCACGCCAAGUACACUUGCUCCUUCUGUGGCAAAACCAAGAUGAAGAGGCGAGCUGUGGGGAUCUGGCACUGUGGUUCCUGCAUGAAAACAGUCGCUGGUGGUGCCUGGACCUACAGCACCACUCCUGCCGCCACAGUAAAGUCAGCCAGCAGACUGAAGGAACUGAGAGACCAGUAG